AUGUUGAGGCCGAAUUUCGUAAGAACGCAGAUUGGCGACGUCGAGAUGUUUGAGAAACACGUCGAACAUUUAAUCCAAGCGAUCCCGAGGGAUGGCUCCACGGUUGGUCUGCAGGACUUGUUUUUCAAAUUCAGUUUGGAUGUUGCCACCGAUCUUCUCUUUGGAGAAAGUACCAAUACUCUAGCACCCGGCUUUGCGGAUGCCGACGUUACGGAGUUCGUGGAUGCGUACGGUUAUUGUUUGCGAGCUCUUGAUGGGACUAGCCUUACGGAAGAAGACCGUGAUGGGCGUACGGGGUGGGCUUGGGGAUUUCUGGGGCUGUUUCUGCCAAAUCCGAAAUUGAAGCAGCAGACCGGGGUCGUGCAUAACUUCGUUGACAAACUUGUCGAGAACGCCAUGACGAAUCGAGACGCACGCAGGUCUGAAUCGGAGAAGGAUCCAACCUCCCGCUACGUCUUCCUCCACGAGCUCGUCUCCCAAACAUCAGACAAGAUCAAAAUCCGCUCCGAACUCCUCAACAUCCUCCUCGCCGGCCGCGACACCACCGCCUCCUUACUCUCCAACGUCUGGUUCGAGCUCUCCAAACGCCCCGACGUCUGGACCCGACUCCGGCGCGAAGUCGACUCCCUCGACGGCGAACUUCCCACUUUCGAGGACCUGAAAGACAUGAAGUACCUCCGCGCCGUACUCAACGAGUCAUUGCGACUGUAUCCCGUCGUGCCGGAAAACGAUCGCCAAGCGGAAGUCGACACGGUGUUACCGGUGGGUGGCGGGGAGGAUGGGAAAUCUCCCGUGUUCGUCGCGAAGGGCCAGAUUGUCCACUGGAGCCUCUACACCAUGCAUAGACGCAAGGAUCUCUACGGCGACGACGCGGAAUCCUUCAAGCCUGAGCGCUGGCUCGAUCAGGGCGAGAAGAAAGGCUUGAGGGUCGGGUGGGAGUAUCUGCCUUUUAAUGGCGGGCCGAGGAUUUGCAUCGGUCAACAAUUCGCCCUCACAGAAGCAUCCUACGUCACCGCGCGCCUCGCGCAGGACUUCCCCACAAUCGAAAGCCGAGACCCUGAGCCCUGGCGCGAGAAAUUCAGCCUCACGUGCACGGGGCUGGGCGGUUGCGAAGUCGCCCUGUUCCCGAAGUGA